GAGAGAGAGAGAGAGAGAGAGAGAGAGUGUGUGUGUGUGUCGCGGAACGUCCUGACACUUUUUAUUCCCAUCUUGGCUAUACGCUAUUUUUGCGUAACAAUCCGGCGGCAUCCCUUUACUGAAGUCCUACGACACAAAGAGGCAGACGUACUGUUGCUCGGGGUCUGAACCCCCUAAGCCUAUUAAUCCGGCCGAUAAAAAAUUACUAUCAUCCCCAGAGUCUUCCCCGUAAAUUAAUUAAAGCCCUAAUUGAAACCCUGGGGCACAGGCAGAUCGGAAAAGCCGCGAGCAAGCUUCGUAGCCGGAUAAAUCCCCUGGGACCCCAACCCCGCCGAACCCGUUCAAUGAAACAAUUUCAUCAGAAAAAGAGAGCUAGGCAGCGGUAAACGUCUUAGACGGCAAUCCACUGCAGAAGAGACAGAAAGAGAAAGAGGGAGGCGGUCGAGUGGGUGGUGAUAGACGAGUAGUUGUGGCUCUGUGCCACAGGAUGCGGGGUCAGCGACGAGUUCAUUCAGUGUCGCUUCUCUCCUCUUCGCGAGCUCUUCGAACCGCGCCCCCUUCCCGAAUAAUCCGUUCCUCCUGACACGUGACCAACGAAGGGAGGAGUCCGACAGUGGUCGUCGAUGAACCAUCCGGUGGUCACCAACGAUCGCUAUAUCUCGCGUGACUCCCCUAUUCUGCAUGAACAUAGGGGAAACGAAGACGCUCUAAGCGCGUCCCCCACCAUCGGUUGCCUAUCACCUAUACGCUAUAGCCCCAAUUCUCGGUUCUCGCCGUCUUCGUUAGUAGUCUUCUGCUAUCCCUUUGUUAUCAAACUAGUCUUCGUUAGCAGCGGAGCAACAUUCGAGCAGAGGAGACUGUAUGCAUGCUCGCUGAGCCGGUUGUCCGCGCCCAGGGGCCCACUGGCGUCACUCUAAAAAGAAAAGUCAAAUAGAAAGUUUUCAGAAGACCAACAAGACACGUGGAUCAAAAUUUCAACACUUCACAAGCUGCUUCGAUCAAAUACAAGGCUCCAGACAACAUCUUGUAGGCGGCAGUGUUUCCUGAAGAGUCCACACCUGCAAGAGACAAAGUAGAUCAGGUCUGAGAGUACAAGGUGCAAGAUCAUCGAACGAGAAACGUCUUACCAACGCGAGAAAGAGUAUCAGGAAUAGAAGUGGCAUGCUGAGACCAGCUCAGCAGCUCACUGCGAGCCGGUUGGCUCGGUGGUGCGAUCUAAAUCCGCGAUCGAGCCCCGUGGCCCGUGGUGGCGCGCCCCUCCCCACUUCUUCGAUUUGCCAGGACGUCAGCUGGAACUUGCGUGGUGCGUCCUGGGUGUGCAGCGUGCCGCUGCAGCUUCUAGUCCAUUGUCGCGAUUCGAGAGACGACCUGGCUGAGGGAGAGAGACGAAGACAGAGCCUAGAAGAGGAGAAGAGGCCGAAUCUAGAAGAGGAACAAAGAGAGGGAGGAAAAAAGAUAUAGAGGCCGACGGUGAAAGCCGACGAUCGGUGUUCUCCGAUCGGGGUCUGUGCGUCGCUCGACGUCCGACGCUGUCAACCGUCGCUGUCUCCCUCCGGAACGGAUCGUGUGCCAGCGUCGGGUGCGUGUGCGAGGAAACGUGAUUCCGGUAUCAGCCAGUGGACGGAUGUUGCGGAUGUUCCGUGGCGUUUCGAAGCUGACGCGUGUCCCAGCGCCGCGAGUUCUCAGACACCGGGCCCAGGGUUCUUUCAGCCGAGUCCAGACCGCGACGGUCUAGUGAAACGGUUUUGAUUUGGUGCAACCGUGUGACCAGUGAGCCAGGUGACCUGCUGCAUAACUCGAAGAACAGCCUACGACAAGCUGACGCUUCCAUCUUCGUUCCAGGAUCGUAGAGCAGAGCGGUAGCGGGACCUGGGUCUGAUCCUCGGCCGGGAUCGGAUGUGGUGGACGUGCUCAGCCGAGGAAAGGACAGCGGUUCAACCGACGACGGAGGUAGCUGAGCGUUGUCCGGACGACCUGGCACCUGGACGACCGCGUUGGAUGACCAGGGGAGAUCGUCGGUGAUGGACAAUGAACAACCGCAUCAGGAGCUGGUCAAGUGCGUGGUCGUCGGCGACACAGCGGUCGGAAAGACCAGACUGAUCUGCGCAAGGGCCUGCAACAAGCACGUGUCCCUGUCGCAACUGUUGACGACCCACGUGCCCACCGUCUGGGCCAUCGACCAGUACAGGAUUUACAAGGACGUCUUAGAGCGAUCUUGGGAGGUGGUGGACAACGUGAAUGUCUCGCUGCGAUUGUGGGACACAUUCGGUGACCACGAGAAGGACCGUCGAUUCGCGUACGGCAGAUCAGAUGUGGUGUUGCUAUGCUUCUCGAUCACAAACCCCGUGUCCUUGCGGAACUGCAAAGCCAUGUGGUACCCGGAGAUCCGCAGGUUCUGCCCUCAGACGCCAGUGUUGCUGGUGGGGUGCAAGAACGACCUGCGGUACAUGUAUCGAGAUGAGACAUAUCUGAGCUAUUUCCGGGAUCGCAGUCCUUUCGUCAGAGCGACGAGGAAGAGCGACCUGGUGAUGCCUGAUCAGGCCAGAGCCGUCGCAAGGGAGCUGGGCAUUUGCUAUUACGAGACCAGCGUGUUCACCUAUUACGGUGUAAACGAGGUCUUCGAAAACUCGAUACGCGCCGCGUUGAUCGCCCGACGACAGCAGCGAUUCUGGAUGACGAACUUGAAGAGGGUCCAGAGACCACUACUUCAGGCUCCUUUUUGUCCGCCAAAACCAGUGCCCCCUGAAGUCUGUCUAGCGGCGAGCACGUAUGAGGAGAAUAUGAAGGCCCUCUGGGCGAAGCCGGUUCACACGGACGUGACCUUGAUCGCCGGAAACUGCACGUUCUCGGCCCACAGGUGUCUCCUGGCCGCUGCGUCUCCAGCGUUCCAUCGGCUAUUCACGAUGGAACUUGUCCACGAACAGACGCCUAGGAGCUCCAGUGAAUCCAGCAUGCCAAGGGCAUCGCGUGCCCGCAUCCACUUUACCGGAUUUCGGUCAGUUCCAGGAUCGUAG